GAUCUUGAUAAUAUACGAGUAUAUUUUAUCAAAGAUAUUUCCCUACCCCCUAUGGAUUCUGUUUCUGAGUGACGUGUGCAUAUUUCCCCUCUUCCACUUCUGAUCAAAGUUUUAUGGACCAUGUACCUCUUAGCCGUCAGAUAAGAUUCAUUACACACAAAGUAGUCUUGGAACAAGGCGGAAACUGCCUGAUAAUACUUAUCUUAUACGUAUAAAUAGUGGUCCAAAUAAUACUUUCUGAUUCAGUAUUCCUCAAAAUUUUCACGAGUUUGAAAGUCUAAUUCUGUUUAAAGUUUAAUUUGAAUCCUUUUUUGUUCUCACUCUCUUAUAAUUCGUGAAUUCUUUUUACUUCGUGUUAAUAAUUAUUGUAUUACAUUAUAUUGAUAAUAUAUUUGAAUUAACUUAAGAAAAUAAAAUAAAUCAAAUAAAACAAGCACAAUUUACGUGCUGCGAAUUUUUUUAUUGCAUGUGUGAUAUACACAGCACGAGAAUUACGCUCCAUACUCAGGGUUCUCUCUGUGAUAGGCUGGUAAGCCAGUCUACUGGUGGGUGUGCAACCAACAGCGGCAACUGGAAGUUGGCCCUGAACGCAGAGCCCCCGUGGCUUUGCUAGCACCCCCACAGUGAUCUUGUCUUAAUCCGCCUCCUCACGACUCAACCAAUUCUUGUUGACAGCUGCCUCUUUGCUGCCUAGCCCCUACAGAGUACCAUUUAAGUCUUUGAAAAAAAAAAAAAGCAUUCAACAUGAAGGUAACAAAUUUGGAUGAACGUAUCCAUGUGUUGGACAAUGACUCAAAUGUCAUGACCGUCAUCAAAGAUAUUGCAAUGAGUGGAUUGCAAGAAGAAGCUUUCUAUGUACUUGACAUUGGAGAUAUUGUGCGCAAACAUCAAAUUUGGAAAGAGAAACUGCCACGCGUUGAUCCAUAUUAUGCUGUCAAGUGUAACGAUAAUUUAAUUGUAAUUGAAGUCCUGGCUGCACUUGGAAUUGGAUUCGAUUGUGCUUCUAAAACUGAAAUUAAUAAGGUAUUAAGUACUGGAGUCGAUCCAUCCAGAAUCAUAUUUGCUAAUCCUGCUAAACCAGCUUCACAUAUUCGUCAUGCUGCUGCUAUGGGAGUUGAUACAAUGACAGUAGAUAAUGAAAGCGAACUGCAUAAAAUCAAAAAGCUUUUCCCAACGGCUAAGAUUGUAAUUCGAAUUCGUUGCGAUGCAGAAGUAGCUCAGUGUCAACUCGGUAUGAAAUUUGGUUGCGAUCCAACACAGGAAGCUCCUAAUCUUUUGCGACUUGCAAGUAUAUUAAAUUUGGAUGUCGUUGGUAUAAGCUUCCACGUUGGAUCAGGAUGUCAGGAUCCACCUGUUUAUCAACGAGCUAUUCAUCAUGCAAGAUUAUUAUUUGAUUUGGCAUCUGACCUUGGAUUUAAUCCAUAUCUAUUAGAUAUCGGUGGUGGUUAUCCAGGAAAUAAAGGAAGUAGUAUUGACAAAAUUGCUGAUGUUAUCAACAAAGCUCUCGAUGAAUAUUUUAACACCGAUGCCGUACACAUAAUUGCUGAACCUGGUAGAUUCUACGUAGCAUCUGCAUUUACUUUAGCCACAAGUAUUCACAGCAAGCGUUCAGUGCGUGGUGAUGAAAAUUCUCCAAAUUCAAUAACGCACAAUAUGUAUUAUAUCAAUGAUGGCGUUUAUGGAUCUUUCAAUUGUUUAUUAUAUGAUCAUCAACGUGUAACACCCCUUCCCCUCAAGAACGGUUGUGGAAAAAUGAUUCCCUCAAGUAUUUGGGGACCGACCUGUGACGGUCUAGAUCAAGUUGUUGAAAAUAUUCUUCUAUAUGAGAUGGAUCUUGGCGAUUGGAUUAUUUUUGAAAAUAUGGGUGCAUAUACAUUGCCUGUAGCUUCACCAUUUAACGGGUUCCCAGUACCAAAAGUUCAUGUUGUUGCUGAUGAAAGUAUUUGGCUCUUACUGAAAGAUGCAUUACCCUUAACCGAAGAUCACUUUGUAAUCGGUAACACACCAGCUAACUUACGACUUGGCCUGGACAUUGGAGGAACUGAUAUCGAUGCAUGGAAUAACCCAACAACAAUUGAAUUAGCAUCCGCUGAAAUGUUAACAGAAGAUGCAACAACAUCAUCGCCAUUCAUCUAUGAUUAUGUUGAGGUCGAUCCACUUAAUUAAUGUCUACAAAAAAGAAAAAAGAAUAAGCAAACAAACAGCUUUAUACGGUAAAUGAUAAACUCGCCAGCUUAUUAAUCGUAUUAACGAACUAAUAUUAUUAAUGAUAUAAUCGCAUUUUUUCUAUUUCCAAUUACAAAGAAAACAAAUGUGCUAUGAAUUUUUAUUACACAAAUUUUCGUUUAAUUUUCAAUUGAAA